UAUAUUGUAAUUUUGUACAGCAAGAUAUAAAAUUUGGUUGGAGUGUAAUGCUGUGAUAUUUCAAAAUCAUAACCUAAGCAUAAAUAAUGUUAUUACGGUAUGAAAAUUAGGAACUCACUUAUAAUGAGAAGAAAUAUAGAAAAAGGGAGAAAGGAAUUUUGUUAUAUAAAAGAACUUGCCAUGAUAUGUAAUAACUUGUGACGGAUUCUAAAAUUAAGUUUUUUUAUGCUAAAUAAUUAAAAAUAAACGAUGUAAUUUGUAUUACGAAAUCAACGAAUGAAUUAUUGGAACUCCCUGGAUUAUAUGGAAUAUUACAUCUGAUGGAAUUAUUUUGAUAUUACUGAUAUAUAUAUGUUUCUUCACUUUUAGUACACAAGAUGUCUUAACAUAUAUUUAAUUUAUAUAUUAUUUACUUAUUGAAUAAUCUACAUUGUGGAUCCAUUUGAAGAAAUAAAAAUGCAUGCAUUUUCUAAUUAUAUGCAUAAUAAUGUUAAUGUGUUUUUUGGUAUAAUGGUAUAGUAACAGUAUGUCUGUAAGUUUGUUUAAUUUUAGGUCCAACGCAGUGCUAUAAAACUGUAAAAAGUAAUGACCUGUUGUAACCCAGCUAAUGCAGUUCUGCAGUUAGGCUAUGACAGAUAAUUCCUUUGAACACUAUUUUACUAUGUGUUCAUUUCACAUGGAUGAGGUUUGUUAGUGGUGUUUGUUUUUGAAGCAACUUUUAUUUUGUACAUUCUCAUAUGGUUUUCUGGUUUUGGUGUAAUAUUAACCAAAAAAUUUAGCAGACUAAACUUAAUUAGGGAGUAGAUGAGAUAUGUACUAAUAUUUGUAAAUAAAUUUAAAUUUUUAAUUGAACUUCUUAUUGACUUGAAGUUAUUAUGUAUGAACUUAAUCUUACCGAAGUCUGACAUAUUUACAUAUGUAUGCACAUCUCAAGUUUAUAAACAUGUAAAUUGUUGGGCAUGAUUUAGAAAAUAUAUAGUGAGAGGUAGGAAAUAAUAUAAGUAUUUGAAAAUAUUAUUUUUGAAAUAUUCCGUAGACUUUUAGUCAUUCCUGGCAAUAUCUAUUAUCUGAAUUACCAGUAACACAUUUUCUUUAGGAAUCACAUAUGAUCAAAUAUAAGUAAUUUAAUUUGAACCUGAAAAUGGAAACAAUGAGUGAAAUGCCCUCAACCCAAACAAUGGACACAAUAUUGUGUUGUGAUUGCGGCAUUCCCAUACAACCCAAUCCAAGUAAUACAUGUGUCGACUGCCUUCGUUCUCGUGUUGAUAUUACUGAUGGUAUACCAAAGUCUGGAAAUUUGCUAAUGUGCAGGAAUUGUGAAAGAUAUCAUUCUCCUCCCAAUGCUUGGACAAAGGCAGCUCUUGAAUCUCGAGAACUACUCGCAAUUUGUUUAAAACGGCUCAAGUCAACGCUGUCAAAAGUACGUUUGGUGGAUGCUGCAUUUGUUUGGACUGAACCCCAUUCUAAACGAAUUAAAGUUAAAAUUGCUAUUCAAAAAGAAGUUGAUGGUGGCACAUUCUUACAGCAAACUUUUGUCGUCGAAUUUGUUAUUCAUAAUCAUAUGUGCAAUGACUGCCAUAGGAUAGAAGCAAAAGAUUUCUGGAAUUCUGUUGUACAAGCUAGACAAAAGACAACGCAUAAGAAGACAUUUUAUUAUUUGGAACAAAUUAUUCUGAAACAUAAAAUGCACUCUACAUGUACGAAGCUAUCUGAAAAUCCAAAUGGGCUUGAUUUCUUCUAUUCAUCUAAACAAGAUGCCAGAAAAUUUACUGAUUUUCUUAUGAGCAUGUUGCCUUGUCGUUACCAGUCAGCACAGCAGUUAAUUUCGCAUGAUGUCCAUACAAGUACCUAUAACUAUAAAACUACUUUUUCUGUUGAAAUCCCUCCAGUCUGUAAAGAUGAUAUUGUCUGUUUACCUAAAAAGCUUGCUCAACAACUGGGAAAUAUGGAUCAACUUGCUCUCUGUAUUCGUGUAACAAAUUGUAUUCAUUUGAUCGAUUUCAAAACACUACAGUUAUGCGAGGUCAAUGGGACAGCUUACUGGCGAAACCCUUUUUACUCCUGUAGUUCUUCUAAAAAUCUCAUACAAUAUAUAGUAAUGGAAAUCGAACCUAUUCGUAAUAGACAGCAAAAGUCUGGUGAGGGUGCAAAAUCUCACAAACAUCUUUUGGCAGAUUGUUGGGUUGUGAAAGCAAGCGAAUUAGGAAUAAAUGAGGAUUAUGUUCAUACUGUCACACAUCUUGGUCAUUUAUUAAACCCUGGUGACACGGUUCUGGGAUACGAUUUGAGAAAUUCAAAUCAGAGCAAUGUGGAAUUGGAUAAAAUGAAGGAACAAGAUGUACCUGAUGUUAUACUUGUUAAAAAAGUAUUUGGUGACAAACAGAGGAGAAGACGCCGCAGAAAUUGGAAACUCCGAAGACUGGCUACAAAUACCGCUUCGGAUGAUGAAUCUUUUGUUGGAUUUAUGGAAGAUUUAGAGGAAGAUAAAGAGUUCAGGAAAAAUGUGGAUGUUUAUGUUGAUCGCUCUCAUGUACCAACUGAUACAGAUGAUGAGAGCAUGCCGAAGAUUACAUUACAGGAGAUGUUGGAGGAUUUAACUAUUGAGGAUGAUGUUGAUAUGGCUGGCAAUGAAUAAACAUUGUAGUAUAAAAUAGCAUGAUACAUUCUGUCUAAUUAGAAUUGCAUUAUUGGUUGAAAAAAUUAUUGUCAUUUUGAACUGAAUGAACUCUAACAGUUUUUAUGAAUGUCAAGAGAAUUAUAUUGCUGACCAAAAAUUAUUCAAAAUCCAUUACCAAAUAAUACAAGUUAUUGUUUUCAUAUUGACUUGGAACGAUCUGAUCAUAAUCAUCAUAAUCAUUUGAAAAAAUUACUAAUAUAUUAAAAAGUGUGUUCCUUAAGAAUUUGGCACCAUUUCCAUCUCAAUUUAUGUGGAUUUAAUGAAAACAUCAGUAAAAUUUGGUACAUUUUUUAAAUUUCAUGUUUUAAAAUGAUUCAAAGAAGAUCUUGAAUGAAUAUGCAUAUUGUUAGACCCCAUUUACGGUUUGGUCGAUCACCAAAUGAUGUCUGUUAGUAGCCAUCAACUUUCCGUCAAGUUUAAAUUUUGAGUAACGGACUGUUAUUGUUUCAUGCAG